AUGACGUUCAGGCAUCAGCCGAUGUUCGUGACAGUGGGGUAUACCUCGGCAGCUCCGCAACCCAGCUCGCCCGUCAAACUAUACUCUCAUCUAGGACAAGAGAAGACAAUCAGUGGACGUGUCAAUGUUUACGAUGUAACGCAGCAAGCGGAGAAGAAUU